GCACCAAAACGAUUCCUCGAGCUCCUGUUUUCCCCCCACCGAUGGUUGCUCUGUCAGCUAGGUGAAUUUUUCUUGUUUUCUAUUCGGCCUACGUCGAUCAAAUCCACUCCAUUGGACUUACCCCCGUAGUCUGCCGCUAGCUUUGAGAAAACUUGCUCCCUUCCUCCUCUCCUUAAAACCUCCUCCUCCACCAUGGUCAGCGCUUCUUCAGUAGGUUACUACCUGUUCCAUCCUCAGGAGUUGAGGUCAAUCAUCCAAUGGAAAGUGUGGCACAACCCUGUCCAUGAACGCGAUGAGACUAAGGAGAGCGAAACCCUUCAACGAUGCUUCCACUUCCUUGACUUGACCAGUCGCAGCUUCAGCGCUGUCAUCAAGGAGCUACACCCCGAUCUUCUCGUGCCUGUUGCGCUCUUUUACCUCGUUCUCCGAGGACUGGACACCAUCGAAGAUGAUAUGACCAUCCCCCUUGAGAAGAAGGAGCCCAUCCUGCGAAAUUUCCAGGACCUUCUUGAAAAAGACGGAUGGACUUUCACAGAGAACGGACCCAAUGAGAAGGAUAGGCAGCUCUUAGUUGAGUUCAAUGUCGUUAUCGAGGAGUUCAAGAAGAUCAAGCCUGAAUACAAGGUCAUCAUCAAGGAUAUCACCAAGCGCAUGGGCAAUGGCAUGGCAGACUAUGCCAACAACGCAGAGCACAACAUCAACGGUGUCAAUACCAUCAAGGACUACGAGCUGUACUGCCAUUACGUCGCUGGCUUGGUUGGUGAAGGCUGCACGCGACUCUUCGUUGAGGCUGGCCUAGCAAACCCUGUCCUCCUCAAGCGCCCAGAAUUGAUGGAGUCCAUGGGUCAAUUCCUCCAGCAAGUCAACAUCAUCCGCGACAUCAAGGAAGAUAUUGAUGAUAAGCGACGGUUCUGGCCAAAGGAGAUCUGGUCCAAGCACGUCGCCAAGUUCGAGGACCUUUUCGAGCCUGAAAACAAGGAGAAAGCCUUGGCUUGCAGUUCCGAGAUGAUUCUCACCUGCCUGAAUCGUGCCGAUGACUGCCUUUACUACCUUGCUGGUUUGAAGGAGCAGAGUGUUUUCAACUUCUGUGCAAUUCCACAAAGCAUGGCCAUUGCCACCCUGGACGUUUGCUUCCAAAACCACGACAUCUUCAAGAAGAACGUCAAGAUCACAAAGGGGCAAGCUUGCCAAUUGAUGUUGGAGUCAUCUCAAAAUCUAAAGCUAGUCUGCGAUGUCUUCCAACGAUUCACCCGAUCUAUUCACAAGAAGAACAACCCCCACGACCCCAACUUCCUAAAGAUCAGCAUCGCUUGCGGAAAGAUCGAACAAUUCAUUGAGUCCAUCUUCCCAUCACAAAAGAAGCCGGAGGGCGCCGCCGGUGUGCCGGUAAUGACCGCAGAGGAGGCUGCGAAGAAAAAGGCUGAGGAGCAAGAGGCUAAAUGGGAUAUGAUUUACAUGAUUAUGGCUGUGGUUAUUACACUGGUUGUUAUCACGUCGUCCAUGUUGUUUGUUGCCUGGUUGGCUGGUGCACGGUUCGAUCUUGCCUUUGGUCAAGCUAAGCAGCAAUUGGGUGAAUUGUUUGGCUCUGGUUCAGAUGCCAAAAACACCAUUGCACCUUCAUCAGACCAUAGUGAGCUUUAAACGGCGGGUACGUACAUGUUUUGUCCAUAUGUAAUUAUAAUGCACAACGUUUAACUUCGACCGGGUGGGAAUGACCCCGAGCAACACUAACCUGCAUCUUUGAUGAUCGAUUCAGUGAAAGGUAUAGGAACCUACCUAGGUAGGUAGGAUUUGUUUGCGUGAUGCCUUAGCACGGAUGUCAAAUUGCAAUUCUGCCAAUCAAUGGCUGUAGUUGUGCCGAAGAUGUGCUUAAAUCAAUACACGCUCUGCUCAGCGAUGAGGCUACCUUGGACCUUGCUCUAUUUUUUAGAGUGGAGGACUGGGGUAGAGGUGUGGACAUUCUUUCAUUAUGGAAAACCGCUUUUGCGCCAUGCAUUAGAAUAGAUACGACAACCCUUCAGAAAUC